CAGCGUCACGGCUACAGAUUUCAGGCAGGCUUAGUGUCACGUGAUGGCCGUUUGCCCGACGGGUUACAAAAUAAGGUGACAGGGUGGCAGAAAGAUAGAACUAAUUGAUAGUGAUGUAAGGAAGACUGAAUUUAGAUUUAGAAUUAAAAGAAAAAGAAAGGAAUCGACUUGUCGACGAGCCCACGCGUGAACGGAGAUGGCUGGGGAGAUGUUCCGAGCGGUUAGAGUAUGCCAGCGUCACUUAGCCUUUUUACAGAGAAACACAGAGUUUGGACCCCAUGUCCUUCUAAAGAGAAGCAUCAUCUUACAUUCUAGUAGGCGGCAUGGAAUAAUAAAGAAGGUGCUACUGGGAACAGCAGGUGGUUUACCUAUUGCAUUUGGAAUCAGGUAUGCCUUUGUGGACAACCGAGAGAGACGGAAGAUGCGAAUUUUGAUGGAUGGAAUAGGGCGCUUCUGUCGGUCUCUAUACAUAGGUCUGUUGAUUUCACUUGAUUAUUGGUGGACCACCAAUAUAAAACUAAGAGGAUUUCCUGAGAGCAGCCCAGACUUUGUGAAAGAAAUGUCAUCUUGUCAUCAACGAGCUGCUGACAGCAUGGUGCAGGGGGCAAUUCAGAAUGGAGGAGUAUACAUUAAACUAGGACAAGGACUUUGUGCCUUUAAUCAUCUUUUACCUCCUGAAUAUAUAAACACUUUGCGUGUCCUAGAAGACAAGGCUCUCAACCCACACUACAAAGAGGUGGAUGCACUUUUUAUAGAGGAUUUUAGCAGCACUCCUGAAAAAAUGUUUAAAGAAUUUGAUUAUAAUCCAGUGGCGGCAGCUAGUUUAGCUCAGGUCCAUAAGGCUAAACUGCAUGAUGGUACUCCAGUUGCUGUAAAGGUACAGUAUAUAGAUUUAAGAGACAGGUUUGAUGGGGACAUUUGGACACUGGAGAUCCUUUUAGAUAUUAUAAAGUUUAUGCAUCCUAGUUUUGGAUUCCGGUGGGUUUUAAAGGACUUGAAAGGAACUUUGGCUCAAGAGCUGGACUUUGAGAAUGAAGGCAAGAACUCUGAGCGGUGUGCUCAGGACCUGAAACAUUUUAAGUUUAUUGUCAUUCCCAAAGUAUACUGGGAUAAGACCAGUAAGCGAGUUCUAACGGCAGAAUAUUACGAAGGCUGUAAGAUUAACAAUGUGGAAGAGAUCAAGAAGCAAGGACUGAGCUUAAAGGAUACAUCUGAAAAACUGAUUCAGACAUUUGCUGAGCAAAUAUUCUCCACAGGGUUUAUACAUGCUGACCCCCACCCUGGUAAUGUGCUUGUACGGCAAGGUCCAGACAAGAAAGCUGAACUUGUCCUCUUAGAUCAUGGAUUAUAUGAAAUUCUGAGUGAACAUGAUAGGUUGGCAUUGUGUAAACUCUGGCGUUCCAUCAUCCUAAGGGAUAAAGCUGCCAUGGAAGCAUUCUCUGCUGACUUAGGUGUCAAAGAUUACUUUCUGUUCUGUGAGAUACUGCUUCAGCGACCUAUUAACAUGAAUGAGCUGCAGCUGGGAAACAUUUUGAGCAGAGAGGAGACCGCCUAUAUGCAGGAGAUGGCAGUAAAUCGCUUUGAGAAGAUCAUGGAGGUUUUGAAGUCCAUGCCGCGACCCAUGCUACUUGUGUUUCGCAAUGUCAAUACUGUGCGUUGUAUCAACAUCACACUGGGGGCUCCGGUAGACCGAUACUUGGUCAUGGCUAAGAGCGCUGUUAGAGGAUUGAGUCGGCUAAAAGCAGAGAAAACCCAUGGACUGCUGCAGAUUCAGCCAAUCAGCUGGUUUAAGAUGUUAUGGGAAAACAUCAAAUUUGAAUUUUCUUUAAGGUCAGAAAGUGUAAAGAUGAACCUGACGCGAUGGCUGGUGAGACUUCUGAUUCGCUUUGGGUUCAUGCCUCAAGAUGACAGGAUCUACCAGUACUUGCUGUAAUGUCCGCUACAGAAGCAGCCGUUCAUCUCAGGCUUAACCUGUCUGACAGGAACAGCCUGCAAGCAAACUUCAUUUCUGUUGUGUCUUUUGGAAAGUGCCAUCAUUGUUUUACACAUCAUGGAAUCGGCAGCUAAGAAUAGACGACUUCCAUGUUUGCAUUCCACCCCAUUACACAACCAUGACAAACAGCCUCUUUCUACAGUAGAUACCAGCCUGGGGCAGGGGCAGACGCUUGGUACACUCAUUUACUUACAGGUGGAACCCAAGGAGGUUAAGCGAUGUGCCAGGUGCAUCCAGUCAGCUGGGGUAGAGACUGAACCAUGCGCUAUGUGCAGGACAGUCCAGAACCUUCUCUUCUAUUGCACAACGUAAAGCUGGAACUGCUGAUGUGGAGAGAAUUGAAAUUGCCACAGUGAACUUGAAGUAACUUGGCUGACGGGCCAGAGGUCUGGAAAAAGUUCAGACUAGGCCAGGCCAACACUGUACUGGGCUACAUAAUACAUUUUCCCACACCAGUUUCCUAAUCAUCAGUGCAGAAGACUAUAUAACCCCAAAAAAGAUGAAAGAGAAAAAGGAAAUAUGUGGGGGGAAAUGAAUAUAUUACAAAAAACCGACUAUACAAAAAUCAACGUGCACACACAUAUAAACAGUGAAUUACUAAAAAAAGAUAAACCUAAUAUGUACAGCAAUGUGCAAAAGUCUUAAGCAGUUGUGAAAAAUAAUGCUGGAAUGCUUUCAAUGCCAGGAAUAGUUUUUAUCAAUCAAUACAAUUCUUAAAUGGUGCAAUAAACUGAAAAAAACAAAUGAAAUCAGUAGUUGGUGUGGCGACCCCAGAAAUUCUUUUGGGUCCAUUGGCUCCUGUUUCUGAAGGUCCUCACGUGGUCGUUUUUUCACUUGCCUCAGUUCCACCUUGUAAUCCCAGAGUGGUUCGAUGAGGUGAUGGGUCAGGGCUCUGUGAGGGUCACACUGACUGUUGCAGGAUUCCCUGUUGUAAUUUUUGCUGCAGGUAGUUUUUUUUUAUGAUUUCUGACUUUGUGUUUGAGGUUUUUGUCAAGCUGCAGGAUGAAGUUGGGACCAAACAGAUGCCUCCUUGACGAUGUUGCAUGAUGGAUAAGAAUCUGCCUGUACUUCUAAGCAGUGAGGGGGCAAUCAGUUUUGAUCAAACCACCAAUUGCAUUUGUAGAAUUAAAGUCCCAAACCUGUAGGAAACGUCCACUGCGCUUCACUGUUGCCAGCAGACACAUCCUUGUAGCAUUCACCAGCUCUUUGGUAGAUUUCAAACUAUCAUUCCUCUGUCCACAGCACCUGCUCUCAUUUUGUCAGAGCCCAGUGCUUGUGCGGAGGUGAGUCAUUUGGGUUUAUUUGGAAGUCCGAGGAAUGGCUUUUUGGUUGCAAGUCUUUCACAAAGACCACUUCUCAUGCUAUGUCUCUGGACUGCAGAUUGGUACGUCAGGAUCUUGGUGGGUUCUGACCGUUUUCUAGAUUGUGGUGGUGGACAAGUUCUAAUUUCGAAGUGAAAAAAAACAAGCUCUCAAGUGUACUGGUCCAGUGCCGUUAAGAUCCACAACGUUGAAGAGACGGUGAUUUAUUUUUUUUUAGUGGAUAUUCCAGGGACACACCCAGCCUUGGCCCAACCCUCACACACUCAUAAACGGAGACAAAAAGCCAACAGAAAUAAAACGGCAAAUACAGAAUGUAUUAAUAAUAAAUGAAAACAACGAUUCCACCCCAGUUCCCCUUAUGGCGGUUAUACAUUAAGUACAACAAAUCACAAAAACCACACACAGUAAAGUCCAUGAAAAAAUGGCAAAUGAUGUAAAGAUGAAGGUAAAUAGUCCAGAGAUCUGCACG